GGCAUUUGACAAAAAAAAAAAAAUGUCUCGUAUAAAAGCAGACUUGGAGGCCUUUCUCUGACCCCCUUUUCUUCUUCUCUUGUCCGCUCAGAGGAAGCUUAUCCUCCAGAACUUCAAGAGGACUAGCUUCUGGUUUGGUUUGAGGUUCUUCUGAACUGGAAUUUUCCUGCUCAUCAUGGCUUGCAGACUUGCAGAUUCUGUCUUCCUUUUCACGGGACCCCAUCAAAACCCAGUUCGAAUUCAGAGGCUUGCAGCUCAUUUUUCGCUAGGCAUCUCUUCUUUGAAAUGGGACGACAUUCUUCAAAAGGGAGUAAAACGCCGGCGAUUUUUAAAGGCCAAUAGAAGGACUAGAUUUGUACAAGCUGUGGCUGUUCCAGUUUCACCAUUUCCGCUAGAUACUGCCGAGUACAGAGAACAAUUAGCUGAAACUUAUGGUUUCAAACAGAUUGGAGAACCACUUCCCGACAAUGUUACAUUAAGGGAUGUCAUCGAAAGUCUUCCAAAAGAGGUGUUUGAGAUUGAUGAUGUAAAAUCUUGGAAGUCGGUUCUAAUAUCCGUUACUUCUUAUGCGUUGGGGCUCUACAUGAUAUCAAAAGCCCCAUGGUAUCUACUUCCUCUGGCUUGGGCGUGGACAGGGACUGCGGUUACUGGGUUCUUUGUUAUAGGUCAUGAUUGCGCACACAAAUCAUUUUCAAGAAACAAAUUAGUUGAAGACAUUGUUGGAACGCUGGCCUUUUUGCCGCUGAUAUACCCAUAUGAACCAUGGCGGUUCAAGCACGACCGGCAUCAUGCAAAAACAAACAUGCUUUUUGAGGAUACUGCUUGGCAUCCUGUUUGGGAAGAAGAAUUCAAUUCAUCUCGUGCUUUGCGCAAGGCCAUUAUAUUUGGAUAUGGCCCAUUUCGGCCUUGGAUGUCGAUAGCUCAUUGGUUGAUCUUGCACUUUGACUUGAAGAAGUUCAGACCAAACGAAGUAAACAGGGUGAAGAUAAGUUUGGCUUGUGUGUUUGCUUUCAUGUUCAUCGGAUGGCCGUUGAUUAUCUACAAGACGGGGAUUAUUGGAUGGAUCAAGUUCUGGUUGAUGCCGUGGCUGGGCUAUCACUUUUGGAUGAGUACCUUCACAAUGGUCCAUCAUACGGCUCCUCAUAUACCUUUUAAAAACUCGGACGAGUGGAAUGCGGCUCAGGCACAACUUAACGGAACAGUUCACUGCGACUACCCUUGUUGGAUUGAGAUCCUAUGCCAUGACAUCAAUGUCCACAUCCCCCACCAUAUAUCUCCAAGGAUUCCGAGUUAUAACUUACGCGCAGCUCACAAAUCCAUCCAAAAAACUUGGGGAAAGUAUUUGAAUGAGGCUAUGUGGAAUUGGCGUUUAAUGAAGACAAUAAUGACAAUGUGCCAUGUGUAUGACGAGGAAAACAAUUACGUUGCUUUUGACCAACUUGCCCCUGAAGAGUCUCAGCCCAUUGGCUUCCUCAAAAAGGUGAUGCCUGAUUAUGCUUGAGAAUUUGGACUCUCCUCUCUUGUGUGCCUUGUGGUGGGGUUCACAAGCCCUUUUUGGUUCUUUCUUAUCUCUUUAUCUUAUUUAUCCUCAUCUUUCUUGGGUCAAGAUAGGUAUUCUAAUGAAAUCCCAUUAUUCUUUUACAAGUUCUUCAUUGGAUUGUACUCUUUCUUUGUAAAGAUAUUUGAUUGAUUUGAGAAAAUAAUCAAAUAUUUCAAGGAAAGGAACCUUCUUGGAAGCUCACUAAAAUGGGUUCAUUACAUAGAUGCAAAGAGCAAUAUGACGUUUUGGUGUUUUGGAUUAUAUAGGAAUGAACCCUUUGGUGGGCGUUUGUAAAUAGAUUCAGAAUCAUAAUUAUGGAUCAUGGUUCAGAAU